UUAUUUUCAAGUGAGUCUGAAAAUGAAUCUCCAUCUAAGAGAAACCAUCACAGUAAAGAACAAUCAGAAAACCCUAAAAUAGUAACUACUUCUGAGAGUGAUGAUUCUGACAGUGAAAUAUUAGGAUCAAGGGAAAAAACAGUGCAAAGUGAUAAAGAUGAAAAUUGUUACAAUGUUGGUGAAGAAGAAAAUAAAUUUGGUCAAGAAGAAAAAUUAGAAAAAGUUUUUGUGGAGUCAGACAGCAAUGAUUCUGAUGAAGAAACCUCGGAUUUGAAGAAGGAAAAAAAUAAUAGUAACUUGAAUGAUAAACUGCUGCAUAGUGAUGAAAAUGAAAGUUCUUGCGAUGAUGUAGAAAAUAGCUCUUCUGUUACGAAAAAAAGGAAAGGUAGCAAGAAAGACAACAAACACAAAGGAAAGCCAGAAAUUUCCCUGGGGUCAGACAGCAAUGAUUCUGAUGAUGAAACCUUGGAGUUGAAGGUAAAAAGCAAGAGCAACUUUAAAGCAAAACUACUGCAAAGUGAUGAAGAUGAAAAUUCUUGUGAUAAUGUCGAAAAUAGCUCUUCAGUAAAGAAUCAAAAGAAAGAUCACAAGAAAGAAGCCAAACAGACAGAAAAGAAAAAACAAGUUUCUCUAAGCUCAGAAAAUGAUGAUUCUGUAAGCGAUAUACAAGAAUUUAAGAAAAACAGUAAUCUGGAGCAAAGUGAUGAAGAUGGAAAUUCUUGCGAUGAUGUAGAAGAUAGUGCCGCAAGGAAUAAUAUAGACAAAAUUAACAGCACAGAAAUGAGAUCUAAAGAAAUAUCUGAAAAAAAACAAUUGAGCUCAGACAGGAGUGAUUCUGAUGAAGAGACCUUGGAUUUAAAGAAGGGCAAAAGCAAGAAGAGUAACUUUAAAGCUAAACUACUGCAAAGUGAUGAAGAUGAAAGCUCUUGUGAUGAUGUAGAAGUUAGCUCUUCUGUAAAGAAAAAAAGGAAAGAUAACAAGAAAGAAAACAAACCCCUACAAAAGCCAGAAGUUUCCCUGGGGUCAGACAACUAUAAUUCUGAUGAUGAAACAUUAGAUUUGAAAAAGAAAAAAAGUAAGAAGAGUAACUUAAAAACUAAACUACUGAAAAGUGAUGAAGAUGAAAAUUCUGGUGAUGAUGCAGAAGAUAGCUCUCCUGUCAAGAAAAAAAGGAAAGAUAAGAAAGAAAACAAAUCCAUAAAAAAGCAAGAAAUUUCCCUGGGGUCAGACAGCAAUGAUUCUGAUGAUGAAACGUUAGACUUGAAAAAGGAGAAAAGUAAGAAGAGUAACUUAGAAACUAAACUACUGAAAAGUGAUGAAGAUGAAAAUUCUAAUGUGGAAGAUAGUUCUUCAAAGAGAAAAAAGAAAGUUAGCAAGAAAGAAAACAAACAUGUGGAAAAGAUAGAAAAAGUGAAAAAGACUUCUCCUGCAUCCAACAACAGAAUUGAACAUCUAAAGAAAUAUGUAAGAGCUGCUGGGAUUCGUGUGCAAUGUUAUUCAAAACUCUUUGAAAAAUGUAAAUCUCAAAAAUCUAAAGUGGAAAAGAUGCUUGAAUUGCUCCAUGAGGAAGGAUUAAAAGGGAAACCUACUCUAGAUAAAUGUAAAAAAUUACGAAAGAAGAUUGAAACCCGAAAAGAAUUUGCUGAAUUAGAUCAGUCUAAUAUUAUACAAACUGAAGGCCGACGCAAAAGAGGAAUUAGGGUAGAAACCAUAGAUAAGAAACCAGUGAAAACACCUUCGCCAAAGAAGGUAUUCUCCCGACUUAGAGAUAUUUUUGACAGUGAAGAAAGUGACUGAAAAAGUUGUAGAGAAAUAUCAUUUUUAACUGCAUACCUCCAUCCGAAUAGUUAAGGUUUUGUGAUGAAAAUGUCGUGAUGAUAUGCUCUAAGCACCUACCCUUUUUAAGACUUUUUUUUAUGAGAAUCCAUAGUGAUUUCCUUUUUUCUUUGUAUUUAUUUGUAUCUGUUUUGAAAAGUGCA